AUGUUGCCGGGACGUAUUAUGUUUGAGGGCAAGGAAGUAUAUUCUCCUAGUGUGACCGAAGAAUCGUUGUUGGUCUCCCGAAAUGAGUUCCAAGAAAUGAUGCAACAGAAACUAGAAGUAGUGGAAUUGCGAAGUCAGUUGAAGCAGGUCACUGAGAGAUUUCAAGCAUCUCGUCGUGAAUGUGAACAGCUGCAGAUGCAGUUGAAAGACGCGUGGUUGCAAGAGAUAGCAAUACCUAGUGGGAGUUCCAAGACGGACAUUCCCAGUACUGCUACUGUGACUACUAAUGGGAGUUCAACACACAAGUCGCGAAAGGGGAAGAAGAUCAAGUUGAGCUCUCUGGUCAGCGGCGUGACUUCGGUGAAGCCCCAUCAUCGAUCGUCGGCUUCUGGGGAGCGGUCGGUGCUUGUGGAAAGCACGAAGAGUGUUGCUACUGUCUCUAGUGGGGAUAGUGACAUUUCGGAGGAGGAGCUCAAUAGCGGUUCGGUGGAUCUAGAAGUGAUGGUUAGAGUUUUGCAAAAAAAGUGUUCCCAUUUGGAGAUCGUAUUGCGAGAUCUCAUGGAUGAGAGAGAGGACGAGUUGUCCAACACGAAGUUGCUCAAGGGAGUUGUUAAUGAGGAGCUUGCAAGUACGCGGACGGCGCAGUUGGAGGAAGCGGCGAAGUUGAAGAGGGAAGUUGAUAAUCUACGCAUGCACAAUGCGGCAUUGGACAGCAUGUACCAGACUGCAGUGAAGAAUCAUGAUUUAGCGUGCGCCCAGAGAGAUUGGUGUCUGGGAAGGCUGACUCAAGAGGAGCACUCUGCACCAGAUGAUAGCACGGCUUUGUCGAAGAUGCCCUCAACGCUUUCUACGGCAUCUAAUAGCACUUGAACCUGAGAAUAAUUUUGUGGCGCGCGACGGUUGGGGUGGCGCCCGUUGCAGGUCGUUGCAACAUUUGUGUUACCAUUGUUUUGGACGGCUCGAGAAAGGUGU